UAAACUCCUCCAAAGAUACCAAGUGUUGCCUUUCGUCAAGGACCGAGUCAUCUUUGUCAAUGUAGUUGUUCUAUGAGGGAGAUUUGUUGUUAAGUCUCUCAAUCCGCAUAUGAUACGUCCCCAAAGUAAACACAUAGAAGCACAAAACUGUGACAUUUGAUUUGAGCGUGUAAACAUUAUUGAGUGAGAUCUGUACACUUGCAUCGUAUCCUUUUGCUCUCAACAAUUGUAAAACCUCAGUGGUGGUUGUAAAGUGUAAACUGUAUCAUCAUCAUCAUCAUCAUAUCAAACAAGAUUCAUUCACAAAAAUGAUUCGGUUUGUUCCUUUCUCAGUUUCUCAUUUUCAAUUUCCAAACCCUAAAUUCAUCAUUUCAACAAGUUUAUACUCUCAAUUACAUCAUCAUCACCAAGAUGAUGAACACAGUCUCGUUUCCUCCUUCAAUCGCAUCCUGAACAUCAACCCUACACCCCCCAUCUUUGAAUUUGGAAAGAUUUUAGGUUCUCUUGUUAAGAUUAAUUGUUACCAAACUGCUAUUUCACUUCAUCGAGAAAUGGAAUUCAACGGAAUUGCUUCAGACUUGGUCACUUUCAACAUCCUCAUCAAUUGUUUUUCUCAAUUGGGUCAUACCCAUUUUUCUUUUUCUGUAUUUGCCAACAUUCUCAAAAAGGGUUAUGAACCAAAUGCCAUAACUUUAACCACACUCAUUAAGGGUCUGUGUCUCAAAGGUCAGAUUCAUCAAGCCUUGCACUUUCAUGAUAAGGUGGUUGCGCUUGGAUUUCAUUUAAACAAAGUUUGUUAUGGGACUUUGAUCAAUGGGUUAUGUAAAGUUGGACAAACAAGUGCAGCUUUGCAAUUGCUGAGACGAGUUGAUGGUAAAUUGGUUCAACCUAAUGUGGUAAUGUACAACACCAUUAUUGAUAGCAUGUGCAAAGUUAAACUUGUUAAUGAAGCUUUUGAUUUAUAUUCUGAAAUGGUUUCUAAGGGGAUUUCUCCCGAUGUUGUUACUUACAGUGCUUUAAUUAGUGGUUUUUGCAUUCUUGGUAAAUUGAAUGAUGCAAUUGGUUUGUUCAAUAAAAUGAUAUCGGAAGAAAUCAACCCUGAUGUGUAUACCUUUAGUAUAUUGGUUGAUGGAUUUUGUAAGGAAGGAAGGGUGAAAGAAGCUAAAAAUGUGUUAGCUAUGAUGAUGAAACAAGGCAUUAAACCUGAUGUUGUUACUUAUUGCUCUUUAAUGGAUGGAUAUUGCCUAGUUAAACAAGUGAAUAAGGCUAAGAGUAUAUUCAACACUAUGGCUCAGGGGGGAGUGACUGCUAAUGUUCAGAGCUACAAUAUCAUGAUUAACGGGUUUUGUAAGAUUAAAAAGGUUGAUGAAGCCAUGAAUCUCUUUAAAGAAAUGCAUUGCAAAAACAUUAUUCCUGAUGUGGUAACUUACAAUUCCCUUAUUGAUGGUUUGUGUAAAUCAGGGAAAAUCUCUUAUGCUUUGAAGCUAGUCGAUGAGAUGCAUGAUAGAGGUGUACCACAUGAUAAAAUUACUUACAAUUCUAUAUUGGAUGCUUUAUGCAAAAACCAUCAGGUUGACAAGGCAAUUGCGUUGUUAACGAAGAUGAAAGAUGAAGGAAUUCAACCAGAUAUGUACACAUACACUAUUCUUAUUGAUGGAUUGUGUAAAGGUGGAAGACUAAAGGAUGCACAGAAUAUUUUUGAGGAUCUUUUAGUCAAGGGCUAUAAUAUAACUGUCUAUACAUAUACCGUUAUGAUUCAAGGGUUUUGUGACAACGACUUGUUUGACAAAGCAUUGGCCUUGCUGUCAAAAAUGGAAGACAAUGGCUGCAUUCCAAAUGCUAAAACUUAUGAAAUAAUUAUCCUUUCUCUGUUCGAAAAAGAUGAAAAUGAUAUGGCAGAGAAACUUCUUCGUGAAAUGAUCGCGCGAGGUCUAUUGUAAGACUAAAACUAUUUGAUAGCAUCAUUUCAUUUUAUGUACUUGCCUCUGCUAGUGGAAAAGAAACUUUUUUAUUGUUUUUGUUAACUGUGUUUACAAAAACCUUUAUGCUUCUUGUGUAUCUUCCAUUUCGAUUUCUCUAUAUGAUGUUAUCUUACCUCAUUGAGAGUUUCAUCAAUCAAUUAUGAAAGUUGUGCACCCUCUUAUCUGCAGAUUUGGAUGUUAGUAUACCUUUCUGCUUUGAAUUACAUUUAUUUAUUUA